GAUGCCUUGAGAAUAUGGCUUCAUGUCAAUCAAUGUCAAUGUGAUUGUCUCGUGAAUCAUAAUGGAGUAUCUGUCAAAUAGUAUAUUUUUUAUAUUUAUUUGGAUUUUCUCGGCCUUUUCACCGGCUACUGCACAUUAUUGUGCAUGGGGACUGUGUGAAUCAUGGGAACAGUGUUGUGAUGAAAAUGUAUGUUGCAGCCCCAAAGAUUACAGUAUAUGGAUCACUGUGAUAAUCGUAGCUGGAAUUGUAAUUGGAAUGGUGCUAGCUGGUACAUGUCUUUCUUACAAUCUUCGUCGUAUUUAUCUUUAUCUGCAACAAAGAUAUUAUGGUAUUAAUUCUGUGUCAGUGCCAUCAGAAUUUGAGCCUGAUGGAAAAUCAAUAAAAAUUACAUUUCAAGAGUAAAAUAUGUACAAAAAAGUCGGAAAGUUUUGGUGUAAUAUCUCUUUGCCGUGGCUCUGGAUCCUUACUUCGUAAAAUAGUAGAUGGCAACUGUUUCUCAUCUAUGCUUAAAUCUACUAGAUUUUUAUAAAUUGCCUCGUCCAAUGGAAAAUCCAGUGCUGCAG